AAUGUGGUUCGUUUUUGCUCCUAAUCUCGAUCGGUAAUUAAGUCAUUAACGUCCGCCGUUUUGGUUCCAUACAGAUUCUGGGCUCAUUUCUUCUUUUUGUCGAUUGAAUUUGGGGUUUUUCGUUUUGUUUUAAUUUUUUUUUGCUUUAUACUAAAAAAACCCUAAUUUUGAUACAUUUUAGAACCUUCUCGAAGAGAUCCUUUGUUGUCUUUUUUUGGAUUUGAUUUGAGCAAGAAGAAAAAGAAGAAAUGCCUCCAAAGCAACAACCAAAGGCCGAUUUGGCGAAAAAGCAGAAGCAAGUUGAAGACAAGACAUUCGGUCUGAAAAACAAGAACAAGAGCAAGAAUGUUCAAAAGUAUGUCCAGAGUCUCAAGCAAUCUGUUCAGCCUAAACCCGACGCUUCUAAAGUUGCAGCCAAGAAAAAGAAAGAGGAAGAGAAGGCGAGAGAACAGGAGUUGAAUGAGUUGUUCAAGGUUGCCAUUAGUCAGCCAAAAGUUCCUGUUGGUGUGGAUCCAAAGUCCAUCUUGUGUGAGUUUUUCAAGGCGGGGCAGUGUCAAAAGGGAUUCAAGUGCAAGUUCUCUCAUGAUUUGAACAUUCAGAGGAAGGGUGAGAAGAUCGAUAUCUACAGCGACAAGCGUGAUGAAGAUGGAGACAUGGAGGAGUGGGAUCAAGAGACCCUUGAGAAGGUUGUGGAAUCGAAGAAAAAUGAAUACAACCAGAACAAGCCAACUGAUAUUGUUUGCAAGUAUUUUCUGGACGCGGUGGAGAAGAAACAGUACGGGUGGUUCUGGGCUUGCCCCAACGGUGGCAAAGAGUGCCAUUACAGACACGCUCUUCCUCCUGGCUAUAUCCUUAAAUCUCAAAUGAAGGCUCUCUUGGAAGAGGAGUCACAGAAGAUGCCAGUUGAAGAAGAAAUCGAAAACGAGCGUGCGAAACUGAAAACGGCGACGCAAAUGACACCUGCGCUAUUUAUGGAGUGGAAGAGGAAGAAGACAGCUGAGAGGGAUGCAGGUUUGGCUGCUUCUCAAGCCGAGAGAGCUAAGAACGACCGUAUGAGUGGUCGGGAGCUGUUUCUGUCCAAUGCAAGCUUGUUUGUGGAUGAUGCUGAGGCUUUUGAAGAAUACCAGAGGGAAAAGGAAGAGGAAGAGAUUGAACAGAAGGAAAAGAACAAAGAAACAGAGGCAGGGACAAGCAAGAGUAGUGGUGAUGCUGAACAGAAAGAAGUUGAAGACGACGAAGAUGAUGAUGAUGAUGAUGAUUUGGACAUGGAUGAGCUUGAUGAAUUGGAAGCAAGCUUGUCGAAAACAUCGAUCCAGAUUCGCGAGCCAAACAAUGAAGGAUCAUCAUCUUGAGAUGUGUGAGAGAGGUGAAAGCACAUGUUUUGGAUUGUGUAAUUUCAGAUAUAUUGGAUUGUGUACUUUCAGUUACUGUUAAGAUUUUAAAGCUCAUCAAAGACUAAUACCACCUUUUGUUGAG